UGUCGGAGCUUAACCGAGACUCUCUCUGCUUACCGUUUGUGCAGGAGGGAUAGGCCUUCUUCUUCAAUCCCUCGGAGAAGCGGGAGAAGGCCAUAGCUUGAAGUUGGAACUCCUCCCCCUUUGCUGCUUCCUGACUCCAAUGAUGGACUUCGAUCCGAAGCUCUACGAGAAUGCAAUCAAUGAUGCAGACGUUCGUAACAUUGUCCUAUCAUACCUUGUGCAUAAUUGUUUCAAAGAGACAGCGGAGGCCUUCAUUUCUUGUACUGGAAUGAACCAGCCUGCUAAUUAUCUUGUGGACAUGGAUUUACGAAAAUCAAUUUUCAUUUUCGCAAUGGAGGGGAAUGCUCUCAAGGCCAUGGAACUGACAGAACAUCUAACUCCUAACCUCUUGGAAGAAGAAAAUGAUUUGCGUUUUGAUUUAUUGAGUCUUCACUUUGUUGAUUUGCUCAGCUCAAGAAAGUUCACAGAAGCUUUGGAGUUUGCUCAGACCAAGCUUGCACCAUUUGGGAAAUCACCGAAGUAUAUGCAAAAGCUGGAAGAUUUUAUGGCUUUGCUAGCUUAUGAUGAGCCUGACUGUUCACCAAUGUUUCAUCUAAUGAGAUCUGAUUAUCGUCAGACUAUUGCUGAUAAUUUGAAUCAAGCUAUUCUUGCGCGUGUGAACCUGCCUAGUUAUUCCUCAAUGGAAACACUCAUACAGCAAACGACUGUUGUGACACAAUGCCUACAUCAAGAACUUGGCAAGUGGCGGAACCAAAGGGUGGUAGGACGGGGAAACACAGGUAGAGCACUAGUCAGCGACCAUUAUCAGUCAUUAGUGGCGGAGAACUAGCUGCAAAAACACGCACGGAGAUAAAUUGGUAAUAGAGCAACCUACCAAAUCAAAGCCGUUUAACAUUAAUAUUUGACAUUUGAUUGAAAUCGACGGUCAAUACCAAUGCUCAAUCUGGAACAUUGAUCUAUGUCUAGUUGUUAAUAAUGCAUUCUCAACAGUUCAUUCAAUAGCCAGAACUUUUCUCUGCCAAGACCACUACUGCUUCAACUGAGAAGCUUCCACGAAACUUCUAACAGUUAUAGUACUCACAAUUCAUUAAUGGCUCUCUC